AUGAAAAAUAUUGGCCUCUACCUGAUUGCACUCUGCGUUAGUGAUCUGUUUGUUCUUUACGUUAGUCUAUUCAAUGCCUUCUUAUCUGGUGCCGGCAUUUAUGGUGACAAUAAUAACAGAUUCAAUUGUCACAUUUUUAGAUUUUUCAGGGCAUUUUUCUUGGACUGCUCGUCGUGGAUCACAGUUGUCAUUACCGUCCAACGGACAAUAGCCGUUUAUCGGCCACUGUCCACUUACCUCAGAUCCAGCAGCAACCGCACAACUCCGGUUAAGGUAUUGUGUAUUCUUUUCGUCGUAAUGGUCAUCAUAAGUGCUGUUUAUACCAAUUCCUUCAGCUUUCUUCCUGCCAUUAUCUUAAUUGUUUGCAACGUGGCGAUUGUUUUUAAGAUCUACCAUCGCCCAGCCGUCGGACAGACUCCACACCCAGCACACAACAACGCCCAAACUGUUCGACUCCAAUAUCCUCCAUUCUCUUCUUUUCUCUUUAAAUUUUUCUCCUCUUUUCUCCAUUCUUUCUCACAUUUGAAAUUAAUAUCCUCAACCCUUACCCAUCUCAAACUCUUUGUUCUUUCUUUUCCUCUUCAUUUUAAAUUAUCAAUAUCCUCCAAUUUCUCCAUUCUUUCUCAUUUCCUCCAAACUCUUUCAUCUCAAACUCUUUGUUCUUUCUUUUCCUCUUUUUUUUUUCUUUUCAAUAUUCUCUCACCCUUUUGA